UUUAUUCAGACACCUUGUUAAUAAAGUUCUUUUUGAAGCCGUAAAGAUGGCGGACUACGACUUGACCACCAAGAUAGCCCAUUUUUUGGACCGGCAUUUGAUUUUUCCCCUCUUGGAAUUCCUCUCCGUCAAAGAGAUUUACAAUGAAAAGGAACUCCUCCAAGGGAAGCUGGACCUUCUCAGCGACACAAACAUGGUGGAUUUCGCCAUGGAUGUGUACAAAAACCUCUACUCAGACAAGGACAUCCCACACACCUUGAAGGAGAAGAGGACCACAGUGGUGGCACAGCUGAAGCAGCUCCAGCAGGAGACGGAGCCCAUCGUCAAGAUGUUUGAGGACCCCGAGACCACGCGCCAGAUGCAGUCCACCAGGGAUGGGAGGAUGCUUUUUGACUACCUGUCGGAGAAACACAAUUUCCGUCAGGAGUACCUGGACACCCUUUACCGGUACGCCAAGUUCCAGUACGAGUGCGGUAACUACUCCGGGGCCGCGGAGUACCUCUACUUCUUCCGUGUGCUGGUCCCUGCCACGGACAGGAAUGCCCUGAGCUCUUUGUGGGGGAAGCUGGCCUCUGAGAUCCUCAUGCAGAACUGGGAGGCAGCGAUGGAGGACCUCACCCGCCUCAGAGAGACCAUCGACAACAACUCGGUGAGCUCCCCGCUCCAGUCCCUCCAGCAGAGGACCUGGCUCAUCCACUGGUCCCUCUUCGUGUUCUUCAACCACCCCAAGGGCCGGGACAACAUCAUCGAGCUCUUCCUCUACCAGCCCCAGUACCUGAACGCCAUCCAGACCAUGUGCCCCCACAUCCUGCGCUACCUGACCACCGCCGUCAUCACCAACAAGGACGUGCGCAAGCGCCGGCAGGUGCUCAAGGACCUGGUCAAGGUCAUCCAACAGGAGUCAUAUACCUACAAGGACCCCAUCACGGAGUUUGUGGAGUGCCUCUACGUGAACUUUGACUUCGACAGCGCCCAGAAGAAGCUGAGGGAGUGCGAGUCGGUUCUGGUGAACGACUUCUUCCUGGUGGCCUGUCUGGAGGACUUCAUCGAGAACGCCCGUCUCUUCAUCUUUGAGACUUUCUGCCGUAUCCACCAGUGCAUCAGCAUCAGCAUGCUGGCUGACAAGCUCAACAUGACCCCAGAGGAAGCCGAGAGAUGGAUCGUCAACCUCAUCCGGAACGCUCGACUAGAUGCCAAGAUAGACUCCAAACUGGGCCACGUGGUGAUGGGCAACAACGCGGUGUCGCCCUACCAGCAGGUCAUAGAGAAGACCAAGAGCCUGUCCUUCCGCAGUCAGAUGCUGGCCAUGAACAUCGAGAAGAAGCUGGCCCACAGUGCCCGCACUGAGACGCCAAACUGGGCCGCCACAGACACUGGCUUCUAAGGAUCAGCCAAUCAGAAGGAAGAGGAGGCUGAUGUGGUGUUUAUUCAGACUAUAUAUUAUAUCAGGUUCCUAAGAAACAUCUCUUUAAUACCACAUUCCCAGUAUAAUGUGGUCCUCGACUCUGGGGGACCUCAACAUUUGGAGUCCAGGCUAAAAUUAUUAAUAAUUCUUAUCUAUUCUUUUUAUGAUGCAACUUUGUCUUUGCCUUCUGAUCUGGCCAUAUCGAGUUGUCAAGGAAAAUAGAUAAGCAAUCGUCAUUAUGAGGGACUUUUUUUUAAACUGCAAAACAACCACAAUUGUUCCAUGCCAUCGACAAAAUAAAGAUUUUUGAGUCUCUUGAAAUAA